UUCAUUAUUAUUAAAAGUAUUUAAGUGUUUACCUAUCAGCUAUUAUAUAAGAUAAAAAUGUAUAAUAUUUAUAUUAGUAUUGAUUUAUAUGUCCUAUAAGUUACAACUUCUAAUAUAUUAUAAAUUCAGUAGUUAUUCAUAUAAUGCAUUAAUGUAGCCUGUACGAGUUUGGUUAAUUAAGAUUUGAAAAUUUUUCUUUUGGAAAUUAAUUAAAAAUUUUUUUCUAUUUAUUCAAACUAACAUUAUCAACAUAUAAUUCAUUAUUAAAUUUUUUAUGAUGGAAGUAUUAAAAAAUCAUCAUGAGCCUUUUGAUUUACUACCGGAUGAAAUGGUAGUAUACACAUUAAGUUUUAUAGAUGCAGAUACUCUUUUAAAUUGCAGACUUGUGUGCAAAAGAUGGCGAGAACUUAUAGAUGCCUAUGUAUUUCAAGAAAAAGCUUCACGAGAAAAUGAGUAUGUGAAUAAUGGUAAAGGAUACUACAGUUUUUCGAAAAUUGAUUCAAGUAAUAUCAGAAAAUUAGAAUUGCCAUGGUACGUGUUUUAUGUCAUAUGUAAAUAUGAUCCAUUCAAUAAAAAUUUAGUGAAAAACCACUGUGGACAAAACCAAUAUAUGCAUUGGAGUAUAACUAACGAUCAUAACUGGUGGACUAUUGAAGAAACACCAGAAGGUGCUCCUUUAUUACCUGAUGAUCCUGAUUUUGAUGGCCAUACAAGUUGUUUUGUAUCAACAUAUCGAUUGUGUUCAAAGAGGCAAAAAAUCAUAUUCAAAAAUUAUGGUUUAAAUGAUAUUGUGAUGAAGGCUCUUCAACCUGAAAUUUCAGUUAGUGAAUGGUAUACUGGUCGUUUUGAUUGUGGCUGCAAGUAUGCAUUGAGGGCAACAGUUCAUGAUAGAAAUGAUAAGCUAAUAGAGCAACAUAAUUACAGUGAUGUUUUACCUCAGUGGGAGGCUAAUAUUUGGACAAAAGCUUCACAUUCAUUUAAGAAUCAGAGUAAUGCAUCUCACUUAAUUCUAUAUCAUUCUGGAGUAGACACACAAUAUUGGGCUGGCCACUAUGGCACUAAAAUAUCUGGCUCUGUAGUAAAAGUGUUGCUACCAAUAAAAUUUAAAUGUGCUGAGUCUUAAACACAUAUUUUAAUAAAAUGUGUUGGUACAUAUAUAUAUGUUAUAAUAUUUCAUUUAACAUUUUAAAGUUAUCCAAAAUUAAUUAUUACUUAUUAAAAUAUAAAAUAUAAUUGUACUGUUUUAUUUAUAUAUAUGUUAAUAUUGUUAAUUAGAUAUGUUUAAAUAUUUAUGUAUUGGUAGAUAAGAGAAAAUAUUUUGUUAUAAUGUAAAAAAUUUUAAAUCUAGUCAGAAUUUUUUUUUAUUAUUCUAUUAACAUAGGGUGGUCAGAUUGAAUUUUUAAUUUUAUGAAAUCUGGGACAACAAAUUCCAAUUUAACCUAAUCAUUACUAUACUGAAUCUUUUAUUUUAUUUUUUAUUUAUAAUAUAUAUUAUUAAGUAAUACAUUAUACAUUGUGUAAAUUUAAUCAGUAGUAGAAAUAAAUAAAAAGUAUAAAUAAAAAUAAAGUAAUAAUAACAUUAAUAUUUUAUAGUUUAUAGUAAAGUAUAAAAAUCUGAAUUCAAAUAUUGUAUUUUUUAUUCAUACAAUUGAGUACAAAUAAUUAGAUUAGACGUUUUUUGAUCCAUUUUAAAGUUGUAUCAAAUACUAAGUAGAUUUGAAGAAGAUAAAUUUUAUAUCAGAAGAUUUUAAUGAUUAUUUAAUUUGUAUGUAAUCGUUUGUUGAGUUUGAAAGUUUGAUCAGGGAUGAUCAUUAUAGAAGGUUUGAUUACUAAUAUACCAUUGGCUAUUGUUUUGAGGAAUAUUGACUGGAAAUAUUGUAAAUAUUCACAUUAUAAUGUUAAUGGAAAAUGGUCAAACCACAAUAACAACACAGAGUUCUAAAGAACUUCUUCGGGACAUUGAAAUAUAUAAUCCUAAACCAGUUAUUCCAUAAAAUCUGUAAUAAAUGGCCACCCUAUAUAAUUAUCAAUAAUAUUAGUUAUCUAAAGAACUCAUGCAAUUAAGCAAUUGUUUAUUGAUUUAUUUUUUUAAUCUUUUUUUUUUAUAAUAUAAUCAUUGGACAUAAAUCAUUUUGUUUAAUUUGUAAAAUUUAAUGUGAUAAUAAUAGUAUACAUUUAAUUAAACAGAGCUUAGAUUGUAUUGUUUUGUAUUGAUUAAAAAUAUGUUAAUGUAAUGAUUUUUUUUAAUUCUGUUAUUAUAGAUGUGAUGUAUUAGGUACCAUUUGCUAUAAAAUUAUAACCAAGGUUAAAAUGUAUUUAAUAGAAGUUAGGGAUUAUAUGUAAUCUACAACAACAUUUUUGUUAUACCUAGUGUGUGACUUCCACAGUUAUCACCAUUUUAGUGUAUGAUCUUUAAUAUUUAAUCUUAAAGUAUUUUGAUUAUAAUAUUAUGUUUACCUUUA